AUGUUUAAGGAAAGUGGGGACAUCUGGAAUGAACUUGAUAGAUUAUCCCUAUCAUCUUCGGGCGAAUUUAAUUCAAAAUAUUUUUAUAAUGAAUUAGAUGAAUUACAAGAUUUUAAAGUAUACAAAGAAAAUUGUAAGCCAUUAAAAGGCCCUCCCUGGCGUCAAGGCGUUAUAAACACUUGCGCAAAACUUUUAUAUUAUUUAAAAACUAGUACAAAAUUAAAUAAAAAGGUCAACAAUUAUGACGUCUGCCCACUUUUAAAUUACUGGGUAUAUAACAGAUUAAAUAUGUUUUUGAGUUCUUAUGAUCCUUCUUAUAUUAAAGAAACAUUUGGGAAUAUUGUUCAAAUAUGGUAUAAAUUCCUUGAAGAAACGUUGAGCAAACCUGAUGAUGAAACGUGUAAACCUAAUUAUCUUAUUGUUGUUCAAGAUGACUGGAGAUAUAGAAAGGAAUUGUAUGAAUACUAUGUAAAUUAUUCUCCACUUAGGUUAAUCGUUAAUAGCUAUCCAGAUACGUGCAUAAAAUUUUAUAAGUACGUAGAAAGCAAAAAAGAACUAUACAAAUAUUUUAAGAAACGUUGUCGUUCUAGUGAUGAAAAUAUAUGCCCAAAUUUUUUUGCCAAAUGUUUACAAUACGAUCCAGAAGAAGUACUAUCUACUCUUAGUUGUCAUGAAAACAUAAUGAAAGAAAGAGCUGCCGCUGCGCCUAGUGCUCUACAAAGAGUAAACGCACCUUCAGAUAGUGAACCCAACUCAGAUGUUUCAGACGGUCGUAAGAUGCCUGACGAUGCUCCCAUUUUAAGAGGCAUGAUACGCAAUGGACUUGGAUGGAACACUAAUAAUAUGAGUAAUAUAAAUGGAGGAGGCAUUAGAUUAUACGAUUAUGCAUCAGGACCAUUUAAUCCAUAUCCAGGAGAAGAACACAAUAUUGGAUACCAUCCUGCGUAA